AUGGAAUCAUUGGGUGCUUCGAUGUCUUUCGCAGCCAACUAUGCCCUAGCAACGAAGGAGUUUAGGGACAACGUAGCAACAGCGUAUGGAUUCUUGGAAAUGUGUGCAGGACUCGGUAACGUCUUGGGCCCCUUGGUAGGUGGCAGCCUCUAUCAGCUGGGAGGUUUUGGCCUGCCGUUCUACGUGUCGGGGCCGCUGAUGAUCAUCACAGCAGCUGUGGCAUUUUUUACUUUACCAACUGAGAUAGAGGAGCAAGAUACGCCAACAGACUACGGACAGCUUAUUAAAAUAGCAAAGAUACCCGCUAUACCUCUGGAGCAAUUAGCCGUUUGGGUAGGAUAUGUUGGGCUAAGUGCUUUAAGUCCCACGCUAGGAGGCCAUUUACAGAAUAAUCAGUGUAAGGUAAUGAUAAUCUUGGGACUCAUCGUCAUGGCCGUAGCCUUAACUCUCAUUGGACCCUGGGGUCCCCUCAAUCACCUAUUCCCAAACGGCAAGGG